GGCUGAAUGCUGCAGUGUAAGGAAAAGAACAGAAGCAAGAAGCAUUUCAGCAUGAGGGACCCUCUGAUGCAUUGUUCUUACAAUAAAGUGUACAAGAACCUAAAGGAGUUUUCUCAAAAUGGAGAGAAUUUCUGCAAGCAGGUCACAUCUAUUCUUCAGCAAAGGGCAAACUUGGAGAAUAGCUAUGCCAAAGGACUUCAUAAAUUGGCAGUCAAGCUGAGCAAAGCUUUGCAGAACACAAAGAGAAACUGUCUCGUCAGUGCCUGGACCUGGGUCUCGGAGGGCAUGAAGUCAGCCGCAGAGCUGCAUCAAAAACUUGGCAAAGCAAUUGAGUUGGAAGCAAUCAAACCAACUCAUCAAGUCCUUAGUGAACAUGAGAAGAAGAGAAAAUCACUUGAUAAUGAAGUUGAAAAGACAGCAAAUCUUGUCAUUAACAACUGGAGUCAACAGAUUAAGGCUAAGAAGAAAUUAAUGGUGAGUACCAAGAAGCAUGAAGCACUUUUCCAUCUUGUAGAAAGCUCCAAGCAAACUGUGACUGAGAAGGAGAAGCAGAAGCUCCUCAAUAAACUGAAGAAGUCGACUGAGAAGCUGGCAAAAGAAGAUGAAAAUUAUUAUCAAAAAAAUAUGGCUGGCUGUUCUACCAGAUUAAAAUGGGAAAACACACUAGAAAAUUGCUACCGGAGUAUUUUGGAGCUGGAGAAGGAAAGAAUUCAACUUCUAAGCAGUAACUUACAGCAGUACACUCAACAUAUUUCUGUUUUCAGCCAAACUUUGACCACGUGCCACACACAGGUCCACUGUGCCAUCAGCCAGAUAGACGUUGAAAAGAAUGUCCGAGCUCUGAUGGAAGAAACUGCAGUUUCAUCUACAGAAAAUAAAUCUGAAUUCCUAUUAACUGAUUAUUUUGAAGAAAAUCCUAACAACGCUAUGACUAAAGAGCGACAAGUAUCUUCCAUAAAAUCAAAACUGCUGAGACUGCAAGGAGACAUUGACAAAGCCUUGAAAGACCAGGAAGGCCUGGAACGGAUGCUGAAAACCUACUCCAGCAACUCCUUCUCAGAUGCAGAAAACCAGAAAAUUACAGCAGCCUUAAUGGAUGAGACCAAUUUGAAGCUAGACCUUUUGCAAGCAAACUCCUAUAAACUGUCAUCUGUGUUAGCAGAAGUUGAGCGAAGACCUAAACCCAGCCAUCCCUGCAGUUCCUACAUCUUCAAGUGGAAAGAAAAGCAGCAGACACAUAGUUAUUUAAAAAUAUCUCGGCCAUUUCUGAUGAAGAGAUUGGAGAAUGUUUUGAACAGGGCGUCUUCUGGUGGGCACAGCAACCCAACCACCUCAUCUACAGCUUCUGGUGUGGUCCAGCUUGGCAAUGGCCUUUGUAAGGCCUUAUAUUCCUUUCAAGCCAGACAAGAUGAUGAAUUGAAUUUGGAAAAAGGUGACAUUGUGACAAUCCACAAGAAAAAAGAAGAAGGAUGGUGGUUUGGCUCUUUAAAUGGAAAAAAAGGCCAUUUUCCUGCCGCCUAUGUGGAAGAGCUCCCCUAAGAUGGCUAGCUCUCAGCUACACUGGCAUACAAAAUCUAAACACACGACCUUACAUGCUGUAUAAACAUUUCAGUGUGGAGCAAAUAAAGAGAA